CUUUGGGGUGUUGGCUGGGUCGGAAGCAUACAUUCUGCAAACUGCAGACGUCUCGACUGGACGAAAUCCGUUACCUUUGCAGACAGACGGUUGUAGGGCCUACACUACCGUUACAACACGAUGGAGCACAGAGCAGUAAAGCGACAAAAGAAGAGGCACCCUGAGACGAGGAGCCUAGCUGAUUCCGCUCACGCGAAAGAGUCUACGUAUCUGCUGGCACAACCGGGUAUUUUCUACACCAGGCCAAAGUACGGUUGUAUGGUAGUGGUCAAUUUAAAUGACAAGACCGAGACCGGUAAGACAGGCGUUUUUAACGCCAUACAAGCCAUUCAGCAAAAGUGCGACCUGUUGCAAGGACGAAACGGUUAUGUCGUCUCUUUUGACCCAGCCUUGUGGAAAACAUGGAGCCCGAAUGACGACAUCGAAGACCGACCACAAGGCAAUUAUAUGUUGUCUUCAUCCCGAAAGUUUGUCAACACAGGAGGCGAUGUUUCCUUCUUUCUGAAGUCUGACACCGAAGACGUCGUACCAAAGCUUUUCCAAGAAGUAGAAAACAACCUCCAUGGUCUGGCUUCGCUUGAUGUCACCCACACCCGGGUUUACAAUGAUCGUGCCAUUAACGGGAAGUUUCGAGACGGCGUUGCCAAUCCAGUCGACAAGACUACCGUCGAACGUUUCAUCCUGACUCCACAGACGACCACUCCAAGAUCCGGGGGUGGUAGUUACUUCUACACGCAAAAGUUUCGGAUGAACUUCAGCAUAUUUGACGAAAUGACCAUCCGCCAGCAAGAGAACGUCAUCGGCAGAAAGGUUACAGAUGAAAUCGUCAUCGGGGCCGAUUCAAGAAGUCACAUCCGUCGAGCGCGUCUGGCUGAGGCUAGUAUUCAUUUGAAGAUUCUUCGGGGGAGCAUGCCCUACGGACGUGAUGAUACAGGCCAGGAAAUGGGUCAGGAAGGAAUCUACUUCAAUGCUUUCGCUGAUCACUUUCAGCUGUUUCUCGAUCUUAUGCAAAGCCUUGUAGGAGACGACCCCGAUUUCACACAAGACAAACUCAUUUCAAUGACUCAAGGCAUCGAGGGAAGUUUCUGGUAUACACCAAGUUUGUAUCAGCUCGGCUUUACCGACGAACCGGACGUAGGCCAGGCCCCGACCCUUGACUUCCUGCCUUUGUGGGACGUGAGAAGCACCAACGACUACAUGUUUUACAACUGGCGCGAAUAUCUCCACCGUAUGAGCUUUGGUUUGUAUGCUCCCGGAGAUCCACCGACACAUCGUGUUAUCAAGCUCCUGUCCGUGAUUUUCUCCGAGUGGAGUGACCAGUGGUAUGAAAAACCACACACUGCCCGCAUUCCCCAUCUGAGCAACUAUUUGACGGCAGCAGAAAAGCCAUAUCUGGAGGAAUCCGCGGCCAUUCGCAAAGGCAUGGCGAUCAAGAAGACGCUGGGCACUUUGAUACCGAAAACAGACUAUGGCACAAAAAACGACCUCUUCCGCAUACACCCGAAUGAGCUGAUUGUCGGUGUCAUGCCCAGAUUCUCUCUUGGUGUCGGCAAGUAUGUCAUGCCCUACUCUCGUGAAGAAGAAGAGUUUCCUUGGUUUAUGAAGGGUCUUAAUGAGGGCGGUGCCAUGGGUCACAUUGUUCCCGACCACGGAAUCGUGUUGGCCGUCGGCCUCGGCGUUUUAAAGAACCAACACCAAAUGUUAUACGCCAGAGCCCCCCGUGAACAAAAGGAUUUCUACCAGUCGGUCAUCCUGGCGCUGGAGGGAGUUCAAGAGUACAUUGAGAGCUUUGCGAACCUGGCUGAGCAAUUGGCACAAAAGGAGGAAUAUACGGCUGAAGAAAAACAAAAUCUCCGACGCAUCAACGCAAGACUGCUGAAACUGAAGACCGGCGCCCCCAGCAAUAUGCUGGAGGCCGUGCAGCUUCUGUUCUUGAUGCACUGUUCUAUGCAUCUGAUUGGCAACCCGGUUGCUAUUGGCCGACUAGACGUCCUGCUGAGUCCGUUCUACGACGAAACGACAACGCCUGAAGCUGAAGCGCAAGAGAUCUUGGACUGCCUGUGGAUAAAACUGAGUGAACGUGUCGUCAUUAACCGCCACUUUACACCAGACUUGCAUGAUCGAGGUUCCACAUCGGUGAUGUACGCUGCAACAGGUAACUUUGGUCAAGGAAGCGCCGUCAACCAGUGGGUCCAACAGAUCACCGUUGGCGGGUACCAAGCAAAUGAUGACGUCACUCCAACGACGGCCUGUAACAAACUUACUCUGCUGUGUCUGAAAUCGUCUCGCAGGAUUCCUACUAACGCCCCAUGCUUGAGUCUCAGGCUACACAAGAACAUGCCAGAGAAUAUACUGCAGGAAGCCACAAGGGCGCUUCUUAGCGGUGGUGCACAUCCGAUCCUCAUGCAUGAUGAUAGACUUGUACCGAGUCUGAUGAAUAGUGGCUCUCCUGAUGUACCCGUUAGCCUUGCGGCAGCUCGUAACUACGCAUGUGACGGAUGCUACGAGCCAAUGAUUGCGGGCGAGACCGAGUUUGCGUUUGGCAUCAUCAUUCUGCUGAACAUUCUGGAAAUGACUCUAAACGAGGGAACGCUUUAUGCCGACUCGGGGUCGGUAUAUCUUCGAGGCCUCAAAGUCUCCUAUCCAUCGCCACACUCCAGCCAAAUCAAGACGUUCGAUCAGCUGAAAGAAAUCUUCCUAAAACACCUGCGAAUUCAAACUGCUCAGUUUUACAUCACGAUUCUCUCCAACUAUGGAAACCUCUGGGACAUCUGCCCUUCGCCACUUCUGUCCUCCCUCAUCCACGGCUGCAAAGAAAGCGGUCGUGAUCUUUCCAAUGGGGGAUCCAACUACCACGCAUUGGCUAUGAUGUACGUCAGUGCGUCUAACACCAUCGAUUCACUGUAUGCCAUUAAGAAGCUCGUAUUCGACCCAGACGAAUCCCUCACGACCUUGCCCCAACUGCUGGAAGCGCUGAAACUGGACUGGGGAUUUGAAAUGAGAGAACCGUUUUUCGACGAGCGUGCCGGGGAGGUGCGAGAGGAUGCGAACGCAGCUACCUACAAGACGCUGAGAAAGAAGGCUCUGACUUUACCAAGAUUUGGACGUGGUAAUCCAGAGGUAGACGAGAUAGCAAACUGGCUGAUGGAAAACGUUGUGUCUAUUGCCAAAGAUACGAUUCACCACCCUCCUUCCGUACUCGAUGGCAUCAUCAGUGGUAUCAAAGAGAAAUACUCCUUACCAGGCCGUCCGUUUGGUUUCGUCGUUGAACCCGGUAUUGGGACGUUCGAGGGGUACGUUCCGCAAGCAUUGGGUACAGGAGCCUCCGCUGACGGGCGCCGUAGUCGCCAGCCAUUCGCAUCGGAUCUGAGUCCGUCACCUGCACCCCAGGACAAGACCGCACAACCAGCCUCGGUCAACAUCUAUCAGGCCAUGAGAAGUUUUGAUUAUGAUUCCAUCAACAUUGGUCUGUCCAACGGGUCACCGGUCGACAUGAAUGUGGGCGAGGACUUCCCUGAGGCCAAGCUUCACGAGUUCAUACGUCACUAUGCAAAUCGCACCAAACCCAUCGGUUCCAAUUUGAUUACAGUCACAUGCGCCAAUUUGGAGACGUAUCAGAAAGCAGUGGAUGAACCUGAGCGGUACGACUUGGUCCGUGUACGCACUGGUGGCUGGUCGGAGCACUACGUGGCCAUGUUCCCCGCACAUCAAGAGCAGCACCAGCGCCGUGUUGUCUUCACACCCUUGUAGAACGGUGCGUCCAGAAUGAACGCCAUAUAGGGUGUCCCAGAAAAAACAAACGUCCAGGCCAAAUCAAGGAACCCAGAACCUAUUUUCCCUGGUUCCCCAUGUAUAGGCAGUCUUCCUCGUGAGAAAUGAUCUGACGAUGUCAUCACAAUCAGUCAGGCAUUUAACCAGGCUGACAUUGACAUCAUGUAUGAUUUGCUUGACCGGUGCAAGUAAAUAUAUUCACGUAAGAAUACUCCCAAUCAGGAUCCGUAGGAAUAAUAUACUUUCUUGCUGUUGCGUGAUUUGGUGUGGACAGUUUGUUUCUAAUACACCCUCUUCAGGGUGGAGUCCAAAAAUGUGGAACCCAACCCAAAGAAAUAUAAUUCAUAUUAAAAAAAAAAAUAUGUGGCACCAAAAAUAAUGAUGACUGGCAAUAAGCUACUUUUAGAUGAAAAAAAAUGAUUUAAUUGCUGAAUCCGUUAAAAGUAUAUCACCAUUUAAACGAAAUGACCCUAGAAUCGGUUUUGUCCCCUAAAAAAAUGCGAUUUCAACAUCGUAUAAAUUGUUUUCAAACAUUACCUGCGAUAAAACCUCAGUUUAAAAGUUGAAAAUAUUCACUAAAGUACUGUUGAAGGCCCGCCCUUUGAAAAGGUGGAUUUAUAAAUCAUAUUGAUAGCCCAAGCAGGGUUGUUAAUAAAGAUAUUGUGUACUAUACAGUUAUUAAAACAAGUAUUCUGUAUAUUUUCUACGUUGUUCCAAACGUCAGAACACACACAGAAAUUGAUUUUUUUUUAAUACAAAACUGAUUUUAAGGUUACUUAAUUUAUUACUGAUAACAUUUUAACGUGUGGAGCAAUAUUGAAAUAAUUUCGUACUGAAAGUCGUGUAAUGAAUGGACUUCUGGAGUCAUAUUAUUUUGGUGUUACAUAUUUUUUCAAUACGAAAUACAUAUUUCUUUGGGUUUGGAUUCCGCUUUUUUGAACUCGCCCUGUAAAAGGUGUAUUGGAAACAAACCACCCUGUAUAUUAUGAAGGCCUGCUUUCCACUUGGCCAAGUAAUUGUAAUGGUAGUUUAAAACUGUUCACGUAGACUCAUUUAUGUUUAGUAGUCAUCAUUUUCCUAGCUGGAUUGAUACCCCAUAUAAAGUUCCUACGAGUACUAUGUGCAGUGUUAUGUGGGUUUGAAGUGAAAUCCAAUUUGCUAACAAUUUGUGUGUGUUAUGUGGGUUUGAAGUGAUCAUUUAAAAUUUGCUAACAACUAAGUACAUUUGCCAUGUUAUUGAUUGCAGUGUUAUUGCAGUGAAACUGACAAUUAGUGGUGCGGGGCUAGCUAAGCGUAAAUAUUAAAACAAAAGGCGUAUAACAGAUAUCGCGUCCAUCACAGAUAUGAAACUUGUUAUUCUUGUAGUUGUAGAGGAUUUUUAGAAUGUUACUGCGUCAGAUCAGAGAGGCUUAGUGCUAUCGAUUGUAGUCUUGCUAAAAAGAAAUCAAUAAUGAUCUAUUCGUGCUUAUAUGAAACAACAGAACAAAUGUUGAACAGGUCUUUUUUUUAGAGUCAAUAUUACAUAAACUAAGCGAGAACAUCGUAAUUUUGGGAGUAAUGAAGUUAGAAUUAUAUGUCUAGACAUCGAACCAAGAGUUACAAGCAGUCUGUACACUAACUUUAUUUUAAAUAAUCAAGACAGCCAAUACAGUAAGGAGGAUUUUUAAACAAUUGUUUAUUAUGCUAAUAUUUAGAAAAAGAUUUAGUGGGCUGAUUUCAAUAUUGCCCAAAGGAAUUUCCAUUUCUCCAGACAUUUGAAAGCAAUAGGAAUGUCGAUUAUAGAUAAUUCUUUUAUAUAAAAGCAAAAGGAGAGCAUAGACAUUGAUGGAUUAUUUUAUAUGCUCCAAAUAGACAUACAUUUUACUCUAAGGGGAUAUUACAAGGGAGAACAUUUUUAUGUAGAGGCAGCGCACAACUUUAAAUAACCAUGACAAACUGUAGUAGACAGUAUUUUAGAGAAUUGAAUGCCAAAAUCGAAGACUCAAAUUAAGAGAGAGAGAUAGAGAUUUGGAGGCGUUGUUUUGCCCUAAAAAGCAAGAGUCUACAUCAGAGAAUCAUUAGAUGUUAAAACAUUUUUACAAGUAACAUUUACAGCGCUUGUGUUAGUUUUAGAUUUUAAGUAAAUUGUAGUGGUUUUGUAGAGAAUUGUAAGCCUUUUUUCUAAAGAGUGUCGCUAACUUUGGCUUUGUAUGCGCUUGUGUUAGUUUUAGAUUUAAAGUAAAUUUUAGUGGUUUUGUAGAGAAUUGUAAGCCUUUUUUCUAAAGAGUGUCGCUAACGUUGGCUUUGUAUGCUUAGAGAACUUUGCAGUGGCUUAGAUGAUUUUGUUGACAUUGAGUAAAUUAGAGAUUUGUAUGCUGAAAUCGAGUAAAAUCUGAUAUAGGGAGCUCAAUUAGUCAAAUCUGAUUUGGAUGCAGUGACUAUAAUGACCAGUCUAGUGAGUGAUUUUGAUUUACUGGAAAUUACCAGAGAGCUUCA